UUUUUGAAAUUCAAGCGGCGGAGCGUUUGUUGUUGUGUGUCAUCAGGAGCUGCAGUGCAGCGUUGGCGAGUCUGUUCUGAAAUUAAUCCUUAGUUGUUAAAGUGGAUUAAAAAUGUCUUUUUCAAGAGCCCCAUUGAAGAGGUUCAACGAGCACGUAGGUUGCGCCCCUCCACCGGGGUCCUACGAGGUCAAACCAGGGGACCUGAAAGGAGCUGCGUCCUUCGACAAAUCCGACCGAUUCAGACCUGUUAAAGCAGCAGCUGGAGCUGCUCUGCCACCACCAUCACCUUCCAGAAACGCCCUAGUGUCUCCUGUCCGUAGGACUCUGUCGGUUGAUGGUCUUGUUGAAGGGUCGGGUGUAAAGAAAGAGAAGAAUGGCAUGACUUUUGAGAGGAAACAGCAGAAACUUCUGGAGAAAGAGAUCCGGUCCCUGGUGCAGCAGCGAGGGGAACAGGACCAUCGCUUGCUGGCUCUGGAAGAGGAGCUGAAGAAGGUGGAGGCCAAGCUGUUGGCUGCAGUCCGGGAGAAGACAGGCCUCUCUGCCAGUGUUACUACACUUGAAAGACAGCGAGCCGAGCUCAAGAAAGUCAACGAGUUCCUAAAAAACAAGGUUUCUGCUGAUACUACAAAAAAGAGAAUUAAUUCUCUCACAAUGGAGUUGAUGGAGGCAAGAAAUAAUUUGGAUGUUAAAAACAAGGAGUUGAGUGUCCUGCAAGUUAACACUGAAGGUCAGCUGAAGGUGUUAGAAACUGACCUCCAAGCUGCCAGUGCUACUGCCACUGCCCUAAAAGACAGGAAUAAAGACUUGGAGGACCUCCACCAUGUGACAAAAAACCAAAACGAAGAGCUGGAGAAUGAAAAUGCUAAGUUACAUGCUCUAAUACAGGAACUGAAAGAAGAGAUCAAAGUAUUACAAGGAUAUCUGGAUGUAGCCAAUGACCAGAUCCAGGAUCUCCGUUUACAGAUUCAAGACAAGACACAUGAGAACACUGUUGCUGGUUGUCAAGUUGAGAAACUAAAGCAACUGGAGGCUGAACUAGAACAGCACACUACUGAGCUAGAAGCCAUUAAAGAUGUGCUGAGACAAAAAGAGGGGGAGGCCUACAAACUCCAGCAAGAGUUGCAGGCAUCAAAAGAUGCUUUACACGAAGUGGAAAACAGACUGGAGAACCAAGAGCUGGAGCUUAUAGCUUCUCAAAAGUCAGUGAGUGACAUGGAGAAGCAGAUAAAGUUGGCCAACCAAGAAGCUGAAGACUCUCAAGCAACAAUCCAUCAGCAGGAGGCAGAGCUUGUUAGACUGAGGGAGGUGCUCAGAAGAACAGAGAAGGAGUUGGAUGAGAGAGUGGCCCAUCUAGAACAGAGAUGUCUGUAUUCUGAGGAGGAGAGAAGCAAGACUCAGGAGGAGGGGCUGAGGAGAGUGGAGGAGUUGAAGGUGGAGCUGAACCAGCUAAAGGAGACUAGAAAAGAUGAGCUAAAGAGACAGAUUCAGCUCCAGCAAGAGCAUGACACACUUACUGAAGAACUUUCAAAAGAAAAGGCACUUGUGGACUCCCUGUCUGUGCUGGUGGAGCAGGAAAGGGAGGAUUCUGAGGAGCAAUUGAGACAGCUGAAGGAGGAGAUGGAGGAGGUGUUGGGAGAGCUUGCUGUCAUGGAGGAAGAGGAGCAGAGGAGGCAGGAGGUGGCAGAAAAGAGUCAGGAGGCCCUUCAGAAGCUGCAGGAAGAGAACAAGGAGAUGGAGACGCAGCUGAGUGAUACAAGGGCAUUAUUGGAGAGCACCCAAGAGGCUCUUAAGGAAGCAAAGGGAAAACAGAGAGAACUGGAAGUAGAAGUGGAGAGAGUGACCCACCAAAUGAAGGAGGCAAUGGACACAAUGAUUGAACAGAAAGAGGAGGAGAUCAAGAAAGCGAGGAAGUCGUUUGAAGACCAACAGGAGAGAGAGUUAGCUGAAGCCAAACAAAUGGAGGAGAACUCGAGAAUGGUCCUGGAGGUGCAGGCUUGCCUUGCACAGAAAGAUGAGGAGAUGAUGGCCACAGAGACGAGACACGCUGCUCAGAUCAAUCAGCUUCAGCAGGAGCUACAGGUGCAGACAAAGGAGAAAGAAGAGGCACUGGGGCAACUAGAGGAACAGAGAGGUCAAAGUGUAACUCAGCUCCAAGAAGAAAGGGAGAAGGCCCAGAAACUACUGGAGGAGGUCAGCAAGGAAAAAGAAGAUAUAAUGGAACAGCUCCAACAAGAAAGAGAGGAGAAAGUUAAGAUUCAGACAGCCCUCCAGGAGGAAAAAGGAGCAUUAGAGGUUGAAAGGAAAGACCAGCAGCAGGUCAGGUCAGAGGCGCUCCGACUACAGGCCGAGCUUGAAAGAGCAGAAGAGGACAGGAAGAGUCUGCUGUCUCAAGUAGAACUCAAAGACCAGGUCAGGCGUGCUCUUGAAAAUCAACUAAGCACAGCUGAGCAGGACAGAAAUGAGCUUCGGUCUCGCCUGAAUGAGGCUGAACAAGGUGUGAGCUUCCAGGCCCAAUUAGACCUUAUGGAGGACAAGACACGGGAUCUGCAGCGCGAGUUAGAAGAACAUCGACAAGACAGACGAACUCUGAGAGAACAGGUAGAAGUUCUGACUCAGGAGAAGGUUACACUGCAGUGGGAGAUGGAGGAGCAGCGACAGGAACUUGAAAGACAAUUAGCUGAAGUGCAAGAGAAGAGCUCCCUAUAUUCAGAGACGGAUCAUUGGAGGACACAGUAUGAGGAGCUGUUUGCUAAAGUCAGGCCGUUCCAGGAACAGCUCAAUGCCUUUUCAGCAGAGCGAAAUGCACUCCUUAAUGAGAAUGGGGCAAACCAGGAGGAAUUAAACAAACUGGCUGACGCUUAUGCUCGCCUCCUGGGGCACCAGAACCAGAAGCAGAAGAUCAAACACGUGGUGAAGCUGAAAGAUGAAAACAUCUCCCUGAAACAGGAGGUGUCUAAGCUUCGUUCUCAGGUGAGCCGGCAAAAGAGUGAACUGGAGCAGCUGAAGUCAAAGCUCCCUGGUGCUCCUCGCCGCAAGUUUGAUCCCAGCAAAGCCUUCCAACAUGACAAGGAGAACUGGCAAACUGAAACCACAGAACCUCUUAGAGAAGGUAACCAUCAUGCGUAAUGGGGCUCUUCUAACAAACAAGAUGUGAUAGCUAAUGGGAUGACAGAUUACACUUUUAAGGUUUGAUGUUUUUGGUGAUGUUUGGUCAGUAUUUUAUAAUUCUUGAAGUCUAAACUGUAUCACUACAUGCUGAUGUACAUCCUUUUGUAUUUAUGUGUUUUAUUUUUUUAAAAAGAUAUGUUAGAAGCAAAAUGUGUGUGCACAGGAGCAGUGUGUAAAAAUAGCCAGGAGAUGGAUUGAUGCAAGUCGUAGUUGCUUCUAAUCAAAGAUCAAAAGCAUUAUUAGCAUCCAAAUGUAAAGUGCAUGUCACUAUUAACUUAAUUUUGGAAUUUCAUCCUUUUAACCUAUUUAAGAACUCUUAGGUAGCAGGACCAGUAAAUGUUUAAUGUGCGAUAACCCUUUUGAAAUCUUCCUUCUUUUGUAAAUAAAGACAGAUUUUAAUAACUUUUUAACAGAA